AUGAUCACUACUUCAACAACACCAACCAAAGAAGAAGACUCUUCAACAACCAACAAUGAUGGGCGUGAUGAUGAAGGAAAAAUUCAUCAUCCUCCAUCUAUCACGACCACAACACCCAAUGAUGAACAACAGCUGUUCUCUCUGAAUGAUGAUGGAACCACGAACGCUCCUUCCUUCUCACUGACGACGGAAAUUAUUUCAACAACGAGUUCAAAGCCACAACAACCAUCUCCUCUUCUUCUUUUCAAUUCAGUGGAGCCUUCUCCAACGCUCUCUCCUCGGAUACAAGUUGGAAUGAAUCAUCAAUCCGUACCAUCGUCAUCGACAACAACAACAUCUACAACACCCACCCAUCAUACAGCAACAUCAUCGUCUUCUUCCUCCUUGUCCAACCAAGAUCAUUCUUCGCCAUCAUCAUCUCCACAUUUACUCUUUCAACAAUCUCCAUUAUUGAAUCAUGAAGAAUUGGAGGAUCUACUUCGUCCCUCAUCAUUCGGAAAGCGUACGGAUUUGAAUGAAUUACUCUCCAAGUCAGCACCAAGCUUGAAUCCAACCAUUAGUACAAACAAUCAAAAUAGUAAUAUUAGCAACAGCGCCAAUGAGCUCUCAGGUUUGGAAAGCAACACGAGUAUGAUCCUCUCGAUAGGAUCCAAACUUUCAGAGGUCUCGUCUUCCUCCAAAAAGACAACACCCAAAUCUCCAAAAUCACCCAGUUCUGCCAACUAUACCAUACAACCAUUACAUUCAAAAACAGUCAUGACUCCAAAACAUUCUCCAGUUGCUUCAUCUUCCUCCAAUACUGACAGGGACUAUCCAUCCAUGAUCUCCAUUACAACUCCUCCUCCCCACGUUGUACAGACAUCGGCAUUCUCCUCUUCGGAAGAUCAUCUCAUUCAAGAGCUUCUCUUUCAACCACACAUCGGAGGUGAUUCCAAAAUUAUAAACUCGAGUUCUUCUGGUAGUGGUCGAUUCCGAAGUAAAUCCUCAUUGACUCCUUAUUCCCCUUCCAUUGGACCCACCCUUCUAGAAGGAAAUUCCAUUCCACUGAAUCCCAUCACGCCCACCAAAUUGGCAUUUUUAAGGAAUGCAACCUCCAACUCGAUCAAGGGUUCUUCUUCUCCCCAUGUGGAGAGUCCUGGAGGAGUGAGUGUGGAGAGCGUCAUUUCAUGUAAAACAGUGGAUUCUCCAAAUGAUGCAAGUUCUGCAAGUUUGAAAGGUUCGAGUCAAUUAAGGGAAACUCUAACACAAAGUUUGAAACGAAAAUAUUCAAGAGCUGGUUCUAAAUCAAAAUUAUCAAGUCGAUCAACGCUCGGCGAUGAGAGAAGGCUUUCUUUGAGUUUGGAAGCACUUGGAAGUGUAUUGGAGCAUCAUGGAGUGUUAAUUACAGAAGCAUCGAUGCGUGGCUCAGAGUUGUUACAGGCAGUACUUCAAAUUCAGUCCAUGAAAGAAAUUGAAAUUCCAAAAUCAACAACACCCACAGAAGAAAAUGAAUCAAAUUUGGAAUUGGAAAGAAAAAAGAAUGAAUUGCGAGAAAUUCUCAAACAAUGUGACAAAAUGCAAUGCAAUUCCAAAUUAUAUACUGCAUGCAAAGAGAAUGACGUUGUUACAGCAACUUUAAUUUUGGAAGAAUUUAUCUCAAAUUGUGACGUGAAUUUUAGAAAUGGGCAAGAUAUGGACAAGAGUUACUUGCAUAUUUGUGCUAAAGAUAAUUAUACUGAAAUUUUAGAAUUACUGCUUGACAGUGGAGCAGAUCCUAAUGUGAAGGAUAAGAUAUCUAGGACUCCUCUCCAUGUUGCUUGUGCUGCUGGUUCUCAUUUUGCAAUGGUCUUGUUAUUAGGACAUGAAGCAAUGCCAAAUGUAAGAGAUGAAUAUGGAUUUUCACCUCUCAGUCUCGCUCUCAAGCAACAUUAUUUUGACAUGGCAAAAGAUUUACUCUUGUUUGGAGCAGACGUGAAUUUGAAACAAUUUGAUGGAAGCACUCUUUUGCAUGACUUUUUUGGAAAUGGUGAUCUUGAUGUGGUAAAAUUUUUAGUGAGUGAUCUUCCUGAUUCUCACACCUUAUUAACCAUGGUUAGAAAUGAACAUGGUUGGUCAGCACUUUUCUGUGCCAUCCAAAAUUCCCAAAUUGAUGUCAUUCGAUACCUUCUCAAUUCAAAAUAUCAAGCUCAAAUAUUUUCCUCACUUUCAAACUCUUCAAACAGUGGAGAAAACGUGUUUCACAUUGUGGCACGAAGUGGUGAUGUAGACAUGCUCUCAGAAUUAAUUAACAUUUUCAAUGAACGAGAAUCUCAAGAACACAAAAUGCUUCUUCAACAGACCAUGAGCAAUGUACCCAAUUACAUGAAGAAUAUUGUCAGUCAUAGAAUUCAAACCAUGUUAAACUCUCCAGAUAACAUGAGAAAGAUGACACCGUUACAUCUUGCCGCGAAAACGAAAAAAGCAGUCAUGGUACGAGAAUUGUUAAAAUUGACCACUACGAGUAGUGCAUCUGGAGAAUUACUGGAUAAGAAAAAGAAAUUAUAUCGAGCAGUCGAGGUGAAUGUCAUGGACAAGAAGGGAAAUACACCACUUCAUUAUUGUUUAUUCGAUAUGAAGGAGAAGAUGGAUUUCACCUCAUCCGCCAUUUUAACAUUCCUCGUUUCAUGUAAAAAUUGCAAAAUUGAUAUCAAGAAUGAGAAGGGAGUUACGGUAAAAUCCCUUGCCAAACAAUAUGGUAUCAUGUUAAAGGAAUAA